GGCGCAUGCGCAGAUAGUACAGGCCUGGAUCUUCUCGUGGUUGCAGCGUCCAGGACAUUUCCGGGAUUGUGUUUUGCAGUCGGUCCUUGCUUGUCUUCCGAUAAGGAUCAACAUCUACAGCGGAUCGAACGAUCCUUGUUUACCAGUGUUGAGGGGGUCACCUGCUCCCACAUCUCUGAUCUUGAAUCAGAACCAACAGCCGUGGGAACAGUGACAGAAGUGGUGUGCCCGUGUUUCCGACCCGUCCCCUCCGAGUGACACCGCCUGUUGUACUUGUUGCUUGCCAGGUGUUUAAGAAGCCAUGACGGACAGAUACACCAUUCACAGUCAGCUGGAGCAUCUUCAAUCCAAGUAUAUCGGUACGGGCCAUGCAGACACCACUAAGUGGGAAUGGCUGGUUAACCAGCACAGGGACUCGUACUGCUCCUACAUGGGCCACUUUGACCUGCUCAACUACUUUGCUGUUGCGGAGAAUGAAAGCAAAGCCCGGGUGCGCUUCAACCUAAUGGAGAAAAUGCUGCAGCCAUGUGGGCCACCCGUGGACAAGCCGGAUGACUCCUGAGGCUGGGGGCAGAGCAAGAUGGGGGGCAUCACUGACACUGGGAGCUGAACAUGGGACACUGCUGUGUACUGGGAGCUUUCUCCAUUCAGCUUUGGAUUGUCUUCUUCUGUCCUGACCGAUCCCUGUGCUGUGCAAGCCUAUCAAGAGGGAUUAGAGGAACACUGUCAUUGACCACACCCUGAUAUGUUUGUAAAAUGUUUCCUCCUUUUACUUUUUUUACUUUGAAAAUAAAACGUUAAAGCAAAGUUUA